CCGCCUCUUACAGUCACUCUGCUGGGGCUAGUGUGCUUGUGUUUAGUUCUCAGAGAUAGUCAAAUAGGAUUCCUUUGGGAAGGGACACAAAUCACUCCCAUUUUAACAAGAGGAACAACACGGGAUCUGCCUACACAAGGGUCCUCCUCUUCUUGAUUACUUAUUCAUUUCCAUUUGACAGAGAUCAUUGGAAAAAAAAGGAAACAAAGAGAGAGUAAAGGAAGAAAAAACUUGUCAGGGGAUGAAGACAUUUGAUCUAGAACAAUCUGAAAGCUCUAGUUGAUCCCACUGACACCAGCGCUCGCUCAUAGAGCAAGUAUCCCCAAUACAGGAGCGACAUCGUCAAAAACCUCGAGCGAGAUUUUGUUCAUUUGCGCCGUCUUGCGUUUCGCUCGUUUCUCGUUUGAUCUCCGUUUGAAGUGAUUCUGUCUAUGAGGCACCUGAAUUUCGAUACCUCGUCUUUGGAUUCUUUUCGUAUUUUUCUAUUGGUUUGAAGUAAACAGACAGACACACUGUCACUGGCAUCAACGCGGACCCAGCACCAUCCCACGCCCACGCCCGCCUUUUACCUGUGAUUAGAGAAAACUGAUUUUGGGACACUCGGUAAACAGAGAGAGAGAGGGAGCGCGAUUUUGUAAUGUUUGGGAUUCAGGAGAGCAUCCAAAGGAGUGGGAGUAGUUUGAAAGAGGAACCCAUCGGGUCUGGGAUGAACGCAGUUCGGACAUGGAUGCAGGGAGCCGGGGUGUUGGAUGCGAACACGGCCGCUCAAAGUGGAGUGGGUCUGGCCCGGGCUCAUUUUGAGAAGCAACCGCCAUCAAAUCUUCGGAAAUCCAACUUCUUUCACUUCGUUUUGGCUCUAUAUGACAGACAAGGACAGCCAGUGGAAAUCGAAAGGACGUCUUUCCUCGGUUUUGUCGAGAAGGAAAAGGAAUCCACUGGAGAGAAGACUAACAACGGGAUACAUUAUAGACUGCAACUUCUCUACAGUAAUGGCAUCAGGACAGAGCAGGACUUUUAUGUGCGACUCAUUGACUCCAUGACUAAACAGGCUAUUGUUUAUGAAGGGCAAGACAAGAACCCUGAGAUGUGCCGAGUGUUACUGACACACGAGAUCAUGUGCAGCCGCUGCUGUGACAAGAAGAGCUGUGGCAACCGCAAUGAGACCCCGUCUGACCCCGUCAUCAUCGACAGGUUCUUCCUGAAGUUCUUCCUGAAAUGCAACCAGAACUGUCUGAAGAACGCAGGGAACCCACGGGACAUGCGCCGCUUCCAGGUGGUGGUGUCUACUACGGUCAGUGUGGACGGACAUGUCCUGGCGGUCUCUGACAACAUGUUUGUCCACAACAACUCCAAACACGGCCGCAGGGCUCGUAGGCUGGAUCCUUCGGAAGGUCCGUCUUACCUGGAGCAUGCAGCUGCCCCCUGCAUCAAAGCCAUCAGCCCCAGUGAGGGCUGGACAACAGGGGGCGCAACUGUCAUCAUCAUAGGGGACAACUUCUUCGACGGCCUCCAGGUCAUCUUUGGCACCAUGCUGGUCUGGAGUGAGCUCAUUACGCCCCAUGCCAUCCGGGUACAGACUCCGCCCCGCCACAUCCCAGGGGUGGUGGAGGUGACCCUCUCCUAUAAGUCCAAGCAGUUCUGUAAAGGCACUCCCGGACGCUUCAUCUACACAGCUCUGAAUGAACCCACCAUCGACUACGGUUUCCAACGACUGCAGAAGGUCAUCCCCCGGCACCCUGGGGAUCCAGAACGCCUUCCAAAGGAAGUGAUUCUGAAGAGGGCAGCAGACCUCGUGGAGGCUCUGUAUGGGAUGCCUCACAACAACCAGGAGAUGAUUCUGAAGCGUGCGGCGGAUAUAGCGGAGGCUCUUUACAAUGUUCCCAGAAACCACAACCAGUUGAGCGGCCUGGGCAACAGCUCCGUCCACGCAGGCAUGAUGGGGGUCAACUCCUUCCCUGGCCAGCUGGCCGUCAACGUGUCCGAGUCCUCCCAGGGAGCCAAUCAGGGUGAGGGGGCGGGUCGAUACGGGUGUGGCGCUAUCGUCAUAGAAACCGGUUUCAGUCGGAACACGAGCAGCGUGUCUCCACAUGGCUAUGUGCCCAGCUCCACCCCCCAGCAGAGUAACUACAGCUCUGUGACCACCAGCAUGAACGGCUACGGCAACACUGGCAUGUCCAACCUGGGAGGAUCCCCCAGCUUCCUCAACGGCAGCGCUGCCAACUCGCCCUACGCUAUCGUUCCCUCCAGCCCCACCAUGGCGUCCUCCACCAGCCUGCCCUCUAACUGUAGCAGUUCCUCUGGGAUCUUCUCCUUCUCCCCUGCCAACAUGGUGUCGGCCGUCAAGCAGAAGAGCGCCUUUGCCCCUGUGGUGCGACCUCAGACCUCACCCCCACCCACCUGCACCAACGGCAAUGGUCUCCAAGAUCAGUCUUUUGUGGACUCUAGCAAGUACUCCACAGCCAGCUCGCUGCAGGGCCUGGCCUUUUCCUGAAUGAUUCCUGGAAUGAUCGUUCCUCCCAUGUAAGCGAUGUUUGGGUAUGAGAAGAAAGACUCAGGCGUGGAUCUCAGCAUGUACCCAAGGCUCCAGUUUAGGACUGGUUCGUCAGUCCUGCGUUGAAGGAAUAGAACCCGUAACUCAGGCCCUUUUUUUUAAAAGGAAUCACAUUUGAACUUUAAAAGGAGAAAAAAUAAAUAAGAAGAAAACGCAGCAUUUACAACAACCUCUUUGGAAUUCAUAAGAGUUGAACACAAGGUCACAGAUUACCCAGAAAACCCAACCCAGCUAAACAUGAGUUUUAUUUAUUAAGGGAGAGGAUUGACUUAUCCUUUUAUUUAGUGUUUUACCUUUGUGCAAAACACUAUGUAUUUUCCCAUCUUCAAUGUGUAAUAUACACAAGUGAAAAUAUUAGAGAGAUUUUUUUAUUUAUGAAUCUGAAAAAGAUAAAUUAAUAAAUUGUUUGAGAAUGAUAGAAGACAUUAAAAUGUGAGUUAAAUAGUAAAGACUGAAUUAGAUUUAUACAAUUGCUGUACUCAUGAAUCAAGACUAGCCAAACCAGACAUUUAGACAUUUGUUUUGUACUACAGUGUGCUGGAUAGAGACGAUGCCACAUUCCCUAACUAACCCUAAGGCACAGAAAGACACGCUAGGUAGCACUAACCAUGCACCAUUGCAGAAACUCUCUGCUUUCGAGUUCUUUUGGCCGCUGCAAACAGCGCCUACUCAUUUCUCUCCCUCUCAUGCCUAGCAGAGAACUCCAUCGCUACGACUAGAAGCGCUCGCUCGGCACCACAGAAAGCAAGUGAUUUACCCAUGAUGACACGUAGCCAGCCAUUCAUUCCAUGUUGGCUGUAAGUGUACCGGUCGUGUCCAAGCUCCUAGGUGGUUGUCAGAGUUAGAGAGCAGAGCCUGAACCUGCUCUGGAUACCAACAGUGUCUCUACUGUGUGGUUGGUCUAUUGGACCGCAAGCUUGCUGUGCCCUGUAACUGUACAUUAGAAACCCUCUUGUUAAAGUGUUCUCUCUCUCUCUCUCUCUGCCAUCCACCAUGAAAUCUCAAUGAAGGACACCAUAUGUUUUAAAAGGAUGUCGCCAUUUCACUUUUGCUAUAUUGUGUGAGUUAUUUUUCUUUGUAUGAAUGAUUCCUUGAUAGUUUUUGGUUUGUUGUUGUUCUCACCAUGAUACUGGGGUCACUGGGGUCAUGGGGUCGCCCAUUCAAAACGGUUCUCUUGUUCCACCUUGUUACCGUACAACAGUUGAGGAUCUGAGAUAGGUCAAACUGGGAGACACUUUAUAGACAGACUAAUGAGUCGACAUGAGGUGUUCAGUGGUGUCCCAGUCGACGUGGUGAUACGUGGAUUACCCAGCACUGUAAAAGUGACCUAAUCCUCAGAUGCCCAGCAAAAAAAUAUCUGAAUCCAAUCUUAUCAAUUGUCUUUCUUUUUUUUUUCUUCUCGUGUGAUGUGUGUUUUUGUAUAUAGUAAUCCAUGUAUGUGAUGUUUCUUUUAAUUUUGCCAAAGUCAUUGUUUAAGAUAUAUUUAUACAUUUAAAGAGGUCUUACGGCAGCUUGAGUGUCACGGAUGUCAUGUUUACUACAAACUCAAAAUGAUCCCAUCAACUUUAGCUCAGAGAGUUUAAAUAGUUAAGAGGGGAGAUACAGAAUGUUACCGAAUGUUACCUAAUAAUGUACCAUCUCUCCUCAAUUUCUACAUUUUGCUUCUUCCACAUCCUUUCGUGUGUAUGUUUGCAUUUUGUGACAGUGCCGAUCAGUUUUUUAAUUUGGUUGUCAACCAUGUUCCGUGUUUAGAUGUUGUUUUUAUACAUGUCAUUUUUUACGUUGUUGUUUUUCUUGUGUUGUUUUAAGCCAUACUUCCAUUUUCCAUCCACCCUAAAAGCCAUUGUCUAUUUUUUUGUAUCAUUUUGGAAAUUUAAUGAAGAAACAAAAGAUGUUGUCUGGAUUUUGCGUUUGUUUUAUCAUAUGGUAAAGGUAGUAUAUUAUUCUUAUAGUAAAGAGAUUAUAUAAGUAUAUCAUUUGAAUUUCUUCUUUGCUUAGAUUUUUUUGGGCUUAAAAAAAAACCCGUAUACUGUUUAAAAACAAACAUUAGGAAUGUGGGUUCUCUUUCUAGCCAUGAAUUUCUGUGCUGAAAGCAGGAAGACCAUUUUUUGGGGGGA